AUGUUUGUAAGUGCAAUGGGAGUUCCUGGAGGUGGCGCCAACAUGGUAACACCUCGAUUCCUUCGCCACAUGCAAGUAAUUUGUAUGGAUUCCUUUGAAGACGCCACCCUAUCAAAAAUAUUCGGAGCUCUCAUCGAAUGGCAUUUCUCAAAAGGUUAUGAAGACGACGUUUUUAGAUUUUCAAAGAAUUCGGUUGGAGCAACGAUGGAUGUUUACCACCAAGCCAUGGACACUUUCCUUCCAACCCCGACAAAAGCCCAUUACAUGUUUAAUCUUCGCGAUUUCGCGCGGGUUAUUAAAGGAUUAAUGUUGACUCCCCCUGCGAGAAUGAAAGAUCCCGAUAAAUUAGUACGACUGUGGGUUCACGAAACCUACAGGGUGUUUAAUGAUCGGUUAAUUAACGACGAAGAUAAAGCAAUAUUUUUUCAAAUCGUUGUUAAUUCUUGUUAUCAAAACUUCCGGAAACCUUUGGAUAAAGUCUUAGUUGAUUUUAUUCCUGAAGAUGGAACUUUGAAUACGACUGUUAUAAGAGACAUAUUCUUUGGAAAUUACGGCGAUCCAGAUGCUGAUCCAAAAAUUUAUGAUGAUAUUUUAGAUUUGGACGAUUUAACAGAAAAAAUGAAUUAUUACCUAAACGAAUUCAAUAUGGUCUCAAAAUCCCCCAUGAAUUUAGUCAUGUUUAAGUUUGCAAUCGAACAUGUUUCGAGAGUUUCGCGGGUUUUGCUUCAAGAUAACGGAAACGUACUUUUAGUGGGAAUUGGAGGAUCGGGGAGACAUAGCGCUGUGAAAUUGGCCUCUUCAAUGGCUGAAUAUUUAUUGUUUGAAAUUGAAAUAUCUCGGAAUUACGGCCCAAACGAAUGGAGGGAUGAUAUAAAGCGUUUGUUAUUAAACGCUGGCUGCGAGGGAAAACGCACAACAUUUUUAUUCUGCGAUACUCAAAUCGCCGAUGAAUCUUUCGUUGAAGAUAUAAAUAUGAUAUUAAAUACGGCUGAUAUUCCAAAUUUGUAUCAACCCGAUGAAAAAGUCGAAAUUUUAGAAAAGAUGCAAAACGCCGCUAGGGAUAGUGGAAAAAAAAUUGACUCAACUCCGUUAGCUUUGUAUAAUUUCUUUAUUGAUCGGGUUAAGAAACAUCUUCACAUUGCUUUGGCGAUGUCGCCGAUAGGUGAAGCUUUUAGGAAAAGAUGUCGCAUGUUUCCUUCUUUGGUGAAUUGUUGCACCAUCGAUUGGUUCACUAAUUGGCCCCCGGAUGCCUUGGAAAGAGUAGCCGAUAUGUUCUUAAAACAAACCGAUUUAGUAGAAGACAUGAUUGGAAAAUGUACCAUAAUGUGUCAACACUUUCACACAGCCGUUGAAACAGCCUCCGCAAAUUUCUUCCGAGAACAAAAACGCAAAACCUACGUCACCCCAACAUCUUACUUAGAAUUAAUCCAAACCUUUAAAAGUUUAUAUUACCUAAAAGUUGAACAAAUCACCUUGCAACAACAACGUUACGAAACCGGCUUAGAUAAAUUAGAUUUCGCCGCCAGCCAAGUUGGCACAAUGCAAGAGGAAUUACAUGCGUUACAACCAAAAUUGGUUGUAGCUUCAGCAAAAACAGAAAAGCUCAUGGUUAAAAUAGAACAAGACACCAUCGUUGUUGAGAAAAAAAAGGAAAUAGUAGGAGCUGACGAAGCUUUAGCCAACGAAGCUGCAGCUGCAGCUCAAGCUAUCAAAGACGAUUGCGAAUCAGAUCUCGCCGAAGCCACCCCCGCUUUAGAAGCAGCCGUUGGAGCUUUAGACACAUUAAAACCCGCCGAUAUCGUCAUCGUAAAAUCCAUGAAAAACCCACCUUUCGGGGUUAAAUUAGUCAUGGAAUCCGUUUGCGUAAUGAAAGGAAUCAAACCGGAUCGAAAACCCGAUCCAUCAACCGGCAGAAUGGCCGAAGAUUAUUGGGGGCCAUCCCAAAAAUUAUUAGGAGACAUGAAAUUUUUGGAAGGAUUAAAAACUUACGAUAAAGACAACAUCCAACCAGCCAUAAUGAAACGAAUUCGAGACAAAUACAUCCCCGAUCGAGAAUUCGACCCGGAACGUAUUCAUUCGGUUUCGACGGCUUGCGAAGGUAUUUGUAAGUGGGUUCGAGCUUUGGAAGUCUACGAUAGAGUCAUCAAAAUUGUCGCGCCGAAAAAAGCGCGAUUAGCUGAAGCCGAAGGUGAAUUAGCGGCACAAAUGGAAACGUUAAACGGGAAACGGGCUCAAUUACAAGAAGUCGCCGAUAAGUUACAAGCGUUAAACGAUGAAUUCGCCUCGGAAACGAGGAAAAAGAAAGACUUGGAAGAUGAUAUCAAUCUUUGCUCGCAAAAAUUAGAGCGAGCCGAGAAAUUAAUUGGGGGGUUGGGGGGCGAAAAACAACGUUGGUCAGAUACCGCUAAAUAUUGUCAUAGCUUAUUAGGCAACGUAAUCGGAGAUGUUUUAUUAUCAGCUGGAAUGGUUGCUUAUUUAGGACCAUUUACGGUUGAUUAUCGACAAAAUAUUAUUAAAGCGUGGAAUGUGAAAUGUUUGCAAUUAGCUAUACCAUGUUCGGAUCCAUUUUCUUUAGUACUAACAUUAGGUGAACCAGUGGUAAUAAGAGCUUGGAAUAUUGCCGGUUUACCCGUUGACAACUUCAGCGUUGAAAAUGGAAUAAUAUCAACGAUGGCACGCCGAUGGCCCUUAGCAAUUGACCCUCAAGGUCAAGCAAAUAAAUGGAUAAAAAAUAUGGAAAAACACCGACGUUUACAAGUGAUUAAAUUAACUGACUCAAACUAUGUUCGCACCGUUGAGAACGCCAUAACUUUCGGUUUACCCGUAAUCUUAGAAAACAUAGCCCAAGAAAUCGAUGCAGUUUUAGAGCCGGUUUUGGUUAAAAAUAUUUUUAAAUCCGCCGGAUGUUUCUAUUUGAAGUUGGGUGACAGCGUUUUAGAAUACAACUUUGAUUUUCGCUUUUAUAUAACGACCCGAUUAAGAAAUCCUCAUUAUUUGCCGGAAGUUGCGGUUAAAGUGACCUUGGUUAAUUUUAUGAUUACCCCUCAAGGGCUUCAAGAUCAAUUAUUGGGAAUUGUCGUUGCGAUGGAACGCCCGGAAUUGGAGGAGAAAAAGAAUGAAAUGAUCGUUGAGGGUGCUAACAAUAAAAAGAUGUUGAAAGAAAUCGAAGAUCAAAUUUUGCAAGUUUUAUCGUCAUCGGAGGGGAAUAUUUUAGAAGAUGAAACUGCGAUUAGGAUUUUAUCAUCAAGUAAAAUUCUGUCAGAAGAAAUUCAAGAAAAACAAAAAAUCGCCGCUGUAACUGAAGUUGAAAUCGAUAACGCUCGAAAUUCUUAUAUCCCAGUUUCAAAGCAUUCCUCAAUUUUAUUUUUUUGCAUCUCCGAAUUGGGCAAUAUUGACCCAAUGUAUCAAUCUUCAUUAUCUUGGUUUAUCAACCUUUAUACUCAAUCGAUUAUUCAUAGCCCAAAAUCAGACGAUUUAGCUACAAGAUUAAACACUUUAAACGAACAUUUCACCGCGAGUAUUUACAAAAAUGUUUGCCGAUCACUUUUCGAAAAAGACAAAUUAAUUUUUUCUUUUGUAUUAACCGUUGGUAUUUUGAGAGCUCGAGGACAAAUCGAAGAAGAUGUUUUUAACUUUUUGUUAACGGGCGGUGUUGCUUUAAGUAAUCCAUAUCCCAAUCCUGCUCCGGAUUGGUUAACUGAAAAAUCAUGGUCGGAAGUGGUUAGGGCUACAAACCUCACCGGGAUGGAUGGUUUUCUACAAGCAGUACAAAAAAGUCCGAAGGAAUGGAAAAAUUAUUACGAUGUUAGUAAUCCGCAUGAUAUUCCAUGUCCGGCUCCUAUGAAUAAAUUAAAGGGGUUACAACGUUUAGUGGCAGUUAGAUGUAUUCGGCCGGAUAAAGUUGUCCCAGCUGUUCAACUUUACAUAGGAGAGGAAAUGGGUCAAGCGUAUUUAGAACCACCCCAAUUUAAUUUACAAGAAUCUUACAACGAUAGUAACUGUUGUACUCCAUUGGUAUUUAUAUUAUCAGCGGGAUCGGAUCCGAUGGCCGGUUUAAUUCGCUUCGCCGCAGAUAAAGGAAUACCGAAAACGGCCUUAUUAACAAUUUCCCUUGGACAAGGACAGGGUCCUAUAGCUGCUGGAAUGAUAAAUCGAGCUUUAGUAACUGGUCAAUGGGUCGUGUUACAAAAUUGUCACUUGGCAGAGAGUUGGAUGCGCGAAUUAGAUCGAAUUACUGAUGAAGUUAUCGUACCGGACGUGACGAAUGUGUUAUUCCGCUUAUGGUUGACUAGUUACCCAAGUCGCGCAUUUCCCGUUUCGAUUCUACAAAACGGUGUUAAAAUGACAAACGAAGCACCGAAAGGUCUUCGACAAAAUUUGCUCCGUUCUUACUUGAACGAUCCAAUUUCGGACUCCACGUUUUACAACGCGUGUCCUAGAUGGCGCGAAUGGCAAAUGUUAUUAUUCAGUUUGUGCUUUUUCCACGCUUUAGUUCAAGAACGAAAAAAGUUUGGUCCUUUAGGUUGGAACAUUCCUUACGAAUUUAACGAAUCCGAUUUGAGAAUUUGCAUACUUCAAUUACAAAUGUUUUUGACUGAUUACAAAGACGUUCCAUUUGAGGCGCUUACUUAUUUAACCGGCGAAUGCAAUUACGGCGGACGAGUCACCGAUGAUAAAGAUCGAAGAUUAUUAAAUUCUUUAUUAUCAAUGUUCUAUGCACCCGAGGUAAUUAUAGAAAAGGAUUACAAAUUUUCUGAAAGCGGGACUUAUUUUGUACCCGAAGAUACAUCUUAUGAGGGGUGCAUCAAAUACAUUAAAACUAUGCCUUUAAUUCCCCAACCGGAAGUUUAUGGUUUACACGAAAACGCUGAUAUAACUAAAGAUAAUCAAGAAACAUUGAUGUUAUUGCACGGGAUUUUAUUGACACAACCUCAAAUUACUUCCGGCGGCGGCGGAGAAGGCGAAGACGAAGCUGUUAUUGAAUUAUCAAAAAAUAUUAACUCAAAAAUUCCUCAACAAUUCAACAUGGAGGAAGUAUGCAAACAAUAUCCGGUUAUGUACACGAAUUCUAUGAACACCGUUUUAAGACAAGAAUUAAUUCGGUUCAAUCGCUUAACUUCGGUUAUAAAGAGAACUUUAACCGACGUUGCCAAAGCGAUAAAAGGCCUUGUUGUAAUGUCAUCGGAAUUAGAAAACGUUUAUUUGGCAUUAAUGGUUGGAAAAGUCCCGGAAGCGUGGUUAAGCAAAAGUUAUCCGAGUUUAAAACCUUUGGGGUCAUAUAUAAAUGAUUUUAUAAGAAGAUUAGAUUUUUUGCAAGCUUGGAUUGAUAAUAACGCUCCAUCGGUAUUUUGGCUGUCAGGGUUUUAUUUCACCCAAUCCUUUUUAACUGGCGUUCUACAAAAUUAUGCGAGAAAACAAAAAUUACCCAUCGAUUUUGUGUUGUUUGAGUUUUAUGUAACGAAAUAUGAAACCGAUGCUCCACUUCCGGCGUUGGGUGUUCAUUGUUACGGCUUAUUUUUGGAAGGAGCACGUUGGGACAGAAAAAAGGGACAAUUAAACGAAUCUUUUCCGAAAAUCUUAUUCGAUACUGUACCGAUAAUGUGGUUAAAACCGGUAGAGAAAACCCAGUUUAGAACAAGACCUUGCUACGAUUGUCCGAUUUACAAGACAAGCGCAAGACGGGGGACUCUUUCUACAACGGGACACUCCACGAAUUUCGUCAUGUUCACCACAUUCGAUAGCGAUGUUCCCCAGAAACAUUGGAUCAAUCGGGGAGUUGCUUCGUUGUGUCAACUUGACGAUUAAAUUUUAAUCAUCGAGAGUAAGAAUUUUUUUUUUUCAAUUUUAUCUAAAUAGAGAUUUGAAAAUA